UUGCCUGCUACCCUAUCCGAGCAAACUGAGCUGCCGGAUCCGUUCGCCGAUUCCGAUGAACAGUCUUCAGAAGAAGAGAUCGCACUUGCGGCCUCAUCUAGUCUGAAAAAACGACAACGCCUGUACUUUUCUUCGGACGAUGAAGCCGGGGAAGUCAAGGAGGCUGAAUUAGAUUCCAAAAAAUCGCCCACGAAAGAUGCUAAAGAGGCAAUCUAUGGCUUUCUUGUUUAUGCCUUUUUCUUGUUUACUAAGCGGUCCUCCCCAAAGGUCGAUAAGGCGACCCUUAAGGAGUCGCCGAAAAAGAAGCAUGACAAAACUCCUCCGUCAAAUGCCACUCAGCGUCAGCCAGCCCUGAAGGCAUUCAACGAUAAUGAUGAUGAUGACAGCUUCUUGACUACAUCUAAGCAGCCCUCCCCAAAGGUCGAUAAGGCGAUGCACAGUAUCCCUAAGGAGUCACCGAAAAAGAAGAGUAACAACGCUACCUCGUCAAAUGCCAUUCAGCGUCAGCGGGUCCUGAAGACAUUCAAGGAUGAUGACGGUUUUUUGACUGGCCUUGGUGGUGCCGCAGACUUUAAGCGCUGCGAUCUGCGGCCGUAG